GAAAUUAUAUUAAUUUCGUAGAAUAUUGCAAUAUUAUUCAAAGUAUAAUAAAUAGCUUAUAACAGUAUAACACAUCCAAAUAGCAAAUAGUGGCAUCUCUAUUAGCGCGCAUCAUUUUAUAAAUUUGAAAAAUACCGAAACAGUGCAAAUUCCUAUACGAAACACUGAAACACUAAAAAGUUAUUGUUUGGAAAAUCUAUCUGUUUUAAUUCAUAGAAUGAGUCGUUUCAAUGAAAAUGCUCUGGAAGAAUUGGAGUAUCGACGCUGCACUUGGUGGAGUAGUUUUUUAGAAAAUAUAGCUGAACGUGACGAUGGAAAAGUUUACGAUGUGAAUUCACUUGAUAAAGAAUUUGACGACGAUUCCUCAAACGAUGAUGCAGAUGAAGCAGAGGAAGUGGAAGAUCUUGAGGAUAUCGAAUAUCACCAACUAAUGAAUCAGUCAACAGAGCAAGAAAAGACUACUUUUAUAAUGGAAUCGGAGGAAAUUCAAGAUAUUUUAAAUUCAACACGUCCCAUAUUAAAAGAGCAUGAGUUAAAAUUAAAGAAAACAGGCCUGGAAAAAGUUAUGAAUACAUUUGAUUCUGUACGUAUUGAAAAAGAAAUCGGUAGAUGGAUGCGCCGACAGCAUAGUACACAUAUUUCUAAAACUAAGAUACAAUCAAGUUCUGAUGCUGAUUCAUCAUUGUCUUGUGAAGAUGAUCGCUAUAUACGAUCUGUACAGAAGUGCCAUCACAUGCGAAAACCUAAAUAUAAGCAGUGUUUCAAAAAAUGUAAAAAUUAUCAAACAUCUUGCUGCACACAUGGAAUUUUUGUUGAACCAAAACCGCACAAGCUACAUAAUUGCAAUUGUUGCAGAUAUCAAUUAAAUUCAAUUAAAACUCCAAAAUAUUGGAAAAUGACAAGUACUGAAGAACCAGAAAUUAUUGACAAACAACACGGAAAGUUAACUGUUUUUUCUGAAAACCAAAAUAAAAAGCAUCAUUGUACACGACAGGACAGUUCUAGUUCGGAUUCCGAUUGUAAUUUCCAAAGGAGAUGUUUUUUGAAGCGGGAUAUGACAUCAGUGAGAGAAUCCCAAAACAGAUUUCUCACCGUGGCUACGGCGGAAGAACCUUUACUACAAAAAGAGAAAAGAAAUAGAUUUACAUCCAUGGUAGAAAAUGUGUACGAAACACCAACAAAAUCUAAAGCCGUAAAAAGUAGUAUUCCCAAUACAGCACCAUCUAAGAUCACUACAAAACGCACAGCUGCCCAGAAGGCAUUAUCACUGCUAACUACAAAUAAAAUAAAAAAUGCGAAACCAAUCAAAUCAAAACGUGUCGAUAAAACACAAAAAAAUGAAAAUAGUUCCUCAGAAUAUAACACAACAUUUGAAAACGAUAUUAAAAAAGCUAAAGCACUAUCUUUAAAAACCCUCAAAGAAAACAACGACAAAUGCAUCUCGUCCAAAUCGCCACCAUGUACUUCGUCGGAAAGCACAAAUAGCAGCUUAUUUAAGUUAGCUGGAAGUUCUCGAAAUAAGGAAGUAAAAGAAUCUGCGUCAACUGCAAAAACAACAAAGAAAGCGGAGAGAAAAAAUAAAACUCAGUCCAAAUCAAUGACGAAGCAAAGUUGUUUGAAAAAAUUCGAUGGAAAACCCGAUGAAGAGAAAGAGAACACUUUUCUUGCGCAUUCGGAAAAUAUUUGCAAUUCAACUGCGCUUAAUACUGCUGCUGCGCGUAAGCAACUACCAAGCCGUGUACCAGUUGUAGAAGAAAAUAUAGAGUGCUCGCCUACUGCAACGCCUUGCAUAGAAAAUAAACAGCAUACGUUGCGCAAGAAAGCCACUAGCCAUCUGUCACCUAUUGAAGAGAGUUCUUCAGAAGCAACUCCUAAGAUGAAGACACAAUUUAAAAAUGCGUUCAGUUCAACAGUAAUUCCUGGUGCUGCAACUGCUAAAGAGUUAAUCGUAUUAUCUCCUCCUGUAGAAGAACGUGUUACAUGUACACCUACCAAAGCAACUUCUAAAAUAGGGGUGCGUCAUGCUGUUACCGAACCACGUCGUAAACAAAGGCGGUUCAUGAAGAAUAAUAAAACAAUGGACUAUCGUUCCAACAUUUCGAAUACUACACUUGAAAGCGCUGUGAAAGCAAAUCGAAUAAUGCUAUAUACUCCGCAACGUAAGGCGCGUUCAAUGGAUGGCGAUUUCCAAGUAACUAAAGAACUUAUGAGCAGUGUUGUUGGAGAAAAGCAUGCACGCAGAUUUUUUAAGUACCAUAUUGGGCGUCUGACAUUUCCAAAAACUUCCACUAUAUAUUAUUGUCCACCCGAGACCGAGCUCUCGAGUUCAGAAAGCGAUGAAGAUCCACUGCAAAAGGCUGGCCGUUGCGGUGAACUGCAUGAAUCUGAACAACAGGACGACAGCACUACAUUGUAAAUUCAUAAAUUCAUUUUACCACAUGUUAUAUUAACCUUAAUUUAGUCUUUUAAAUAAACUAUGUGUAUUGAAUUGAAUGGUUCGUAAAAAAUGUGUUAAGUGUUUUAUUUCUUCAUACAAAGACAUAUUAAGAAUAUUGAAUAUUGAGUUCGACAAACGCUACAAAAAACCAACCAAUUUGACUAUCGAAAGUGCAUUCGAUACAAACUUUCGGGUUAUCUUGGACAAAUAUGUUUGUAUCAUCUAAAACUAGUCGCGAUAGCUAAAGAAAGAUAAGACGAGUAGAAUUCAGAGUGAUUGUCUGUACGUUCGUCUGCCCGUGCAAGCGAUACUUGAGUGAACAUUGAGAUGUGAAAUUUUAUACGGUCCUAUAACUAAGCACAAAAUUAAGAUACAACACUGUAAUUUGAUGCAGGGGAUUCAUAGUAGCUAGAAGCAACGGAAAAGACGAAAUUUUUAAAAAAGUUGACAUGGCCCGGCACCUAAUGGAUUUGAGUAUUUAUAUUUUACAAACCAUUAUAACAUUUCCGCCUCAGGACUAGUUUUUUUGUUACCUCCUUAUGCUAACUUUUUACCGAAUAUAUCGUUCAAUGCAGAAUGUAUAUAAUUAGAAUUCGAAGAGAAUCCUUUACUAGUAAUGAUAUGUCUGUACGUCAAAAAUGAAUGAAAUCGGGUAAAUUCUUUCCUUAGCCCCCACAUUCCUUUACACCUCAUAUAUCAAAUAUCAAGAUUUUCUAACAUCCGAUUGACUUUACUGGUGAUGGUAUCUUAAUGAAACUCAGAGAAUAUUUUUCUCUGUUAAUAGUAUGCAGUAAUGCCAAAAAUAGAUAAAAUCGGAUUUUUAUGGGUGAUUUUUAUGUAAUUUUGCUGAUAGAAAGUAAAAUAUAGCAAAAAAAGCUAAGUGAGUCUAUGAGCUAUAAUAUAUGUAUGUAUGUUAGUUAGUAGCUUACGAAUUUUAUAGUAAUUAAUUCACGAUUUCGUUGAACAAUGAAGGUAUAUUUCCGAAUUUGAAAUUUGCAAAUUGCGAGAAUACAAAAUGUUCGGUUACAUACGAACUUAGCCCUUCCUUUCUUAACGAUCUUAUUUUAAAGUGGGUGCGGUAGUCUCUCUUGCUUAUCUAAAAGGUAAAUAUUUUUUUUUUAUUUGAUGCAGAAUUAAACGAUGCACCUACAGCCACAACAACUUCAAGACAAUAUUGGGGAGCAACAUUACGCUGUUCAUUCUGCUGUUGUUAUUGAGUUCUUACUUACAUAUGUAUAUUU